AUGGCGAGAAAACUGCCCUGGAAAAGGACAUCCGAGCCUUAUCCAAGCGAUAUAAGAAGAAAACCAGCAGCGCAGAGCCCUGGAGCACGUUUCUCGGCCUCAAGCUCGACGGCGCAAGAUGACAGCCGUGAUGUUCUGCGAACGCCCGUGUCGCGCAGAUACGCUCAGCGCGUCUUGGAUUCGGAUCCUAUUCGAAGUCCUUCUACUUCGCCUCCUCCAGAGCGGCCUCAUGAACAAUUCAUGAACCCAGGGCCACUCAAUGACGACAAAUACAGAAUGGUCGACGAUGAGUUUCUGCACAUUGCUCAGCGUUUCACGGCGCAUCUCCACCGCGCAGAGUACGAUCGCCUCAAGACACUUGCCAAGGCCCAAAACGCGGCCACCAUUCGCGAGAUUGAGCGGCCAGUUGUGGUGGAUGCAGCGCCGACUGCGAGAGCACGGCAGAGAAGCGAUUUGGCCCAGCGGGAUGUGAAGCAGCGCAAGACACUGGAGGGCGGUGGGGAAGCAAGGGACGAGGAGAGCGUGCCGUCGCUGGCGAGGACAAACCUGCGGGGCUUGAUGGAGGCGCCGAGGCGGGAAGGCAGGAUCAUUAUGCCGUCUGCAAGUGCUUCAUCGUCAUCGAGCAGGACGAGGGCAGCUGCGGGCUAUUCGAGCAAGUCCUCGCCGCAGGGAGAUCGUCGAAGCCGUGCGAGAUCGCCACCAGCAUCAAUGCCGGCGUCCUCCAAAAGGAUCAAAUUCGAUCAGCCCUCUCAUUCACGCCCAGCUACUACAUCGAGCAGAAACGUUGUGCCGAAUCCUCACAUAAGCAAUCAAGCUGCGUCUUCAUCUGCUACAGAAACAGAUCGCAAAGAGAUUUCUCACUCAGGUCGCAACAAUCAUAAUCGCCAACCCACUGCCCAUAGUCUAGACGAUGAGCUUGAUGAUGAUCUUUUUGGGCUGCACGAGCGCAGGAUGAACAGAAAAAAGUUAAGAGAACAGUCUAAACGACCAGACGUCAAACGUGAAAACAAAGAAGAAUCAAGGACGAUUGAUUUCGGCUCCAUACCAUCCUUCUUCUGA